AUGUCUAUUAUGAUUAACGAAAGUGCUACUAUAGAUUUUAAGGUUAGCAAAGGCCUUCGACAAGUUGACCCUCUGUCUCCAUUUCUCUUCAUUCUUGUGAUGGAAGUUCUAACCCAAUUGUUGAAGAAAUCAAAGUCUAGUGAUUUGUACAAGGGGUUCAAGGUUAGCUCAGACAUUUCGUAUAAUCUGGUGCAAUUUGGAGAUGACACCCUUUUGAUAGAGGAGGAAAAUUAG